AUGAGCUCCGCAGCCAACAAGGAGCUCGCCGUUGGCGCAUCGUCGCGCGAACCCACCUUGGCACCCAGUGAAGUCUCGUCCGUCGAAAACAUGAAGGCCGACCCGGCUUCGGCCGAGAAGGCCGCGCGCGCGUCAAACGAGUCCGUCCGCGCCGAGACCGUCGACAACGUGACGCCGGCGGCCGCAGCUGCAGGCGGCGCCCAGGAUGACGAGAAGCGCGUCGACAUCGCCCGGCACCCGACGGCGGCCUCCCACGCCGGCGGCGCGUCCAUCACGACGACCCCGACGCGCGAGGACGGCACCGAGUACCCCACGGGCGCCCGCCUGGCCCUCAUCAUCCUCGCCCUGUGCCUCAGCGUCUUCCUCAUGGCCCUCGACAACUCCAUCAUUGCCACCGCCAUCCCCAAGAUCACGGACCAGUUCCGGAGCCUUGGCGACGUCGGCUGGUAUGGAAGUGCUUACCUCCUGACCACCGCCGCCCUGCAGCUCCUGUUCGGCAAGUUCUACUCCUUCUUCAGCAUCAAGUGGGUCUACCUCAUCGCCAUCGGCUUCUUCGAGCUCGGCAGCCUCAUCUGCGGCGUGGCCCAGAACUCGGUCACCCUCAUCGUCGGCCGCGCCGUGGCCGGCAUCGGCGCCGCGGGCAUCUUCUCGGGCGCCCUCAUCAUCCUCGCCCACUCGGUGCCGCUCGACAAGCGGCCCAUGUACAGCGGCAUCAUCGGCGCCAUGUACGGCAUCGCCUCGGUCGCGGGCCCCCUGCUCGGCGGCGUCUUCACCGACAAGGUCACCUGGCGCUGGUGCUUCUUCAUCAACCUGCCCAUCGGCGCCAUCACCGUCGUCGUCAUCGCCCUCUUCUUCCCGGACCCGCGCCGCGCCGCCCAGGCCGACCUCAAGGACGAGCCCUGGCGCGAGCGCAUCCACCAGUUCGACCCCGUCGGCACGACCCUCUUCAUGCCCGCCGUCAUCUGCCUGCUGCUCGCCCUGCAGUGGGGCGGCACCACCUACGCCUGGGACAGCGGCCGCAUCAUCGCCCUGUUUGUCGUCUUCGGCGUCCUCAUCCUCGGCUUCCUCUUCGUCCAGUGGCGGCAGCAGGACCUGGCCACCGUGCCGCCGCGCAUCAUCCGCCGGCGCUCCGUCUGGGCCGCCGCCUUCUACUCCUUCUGCUCGGGCGCCUCCUUCCUCGCCUCGGUCUACUACCUGCCCAUCUGGUUCCAGGCGGUCAAGGGCGCCUCCGCCGUCGACUCGGGCCUCAUGAACCUGCCCAUGCUCAUCGCCGUCGUCGUCUUCUCCGUCAUCGCCGGCGCCGUCGUCACCAUCCUCGGCUACUACACGCCCUUUAUGAUCGCCAGCACCGUCCUCAUGUCCGUCGGCUACGGCCUCGUGUCGACCUUCAAGCCCGACACCGGCCGGCCCAUGUGGAUGGGCUACCAGAUCAUCGCCGGCGCCGGCGUCGGCCUCGGCAUGCAGCAGCCCCUCAUGGCCGUGCAGACCGUGCUCGACAUCGCCGACGUGCCCACGGGCACCGCCGUCAUCGUGUUCGUGCAGACCCUCGGCGGCGCCCUCUUCGUGAGCAUCUGCCAGAACGUCUUCACCAACAAGCUCGUCGAGUACGUCGUGCAGUACGUGCCCGGCCUCGACCCCAAGGUCGUCCUGGCCACGGGCGCCACCAGCAUCCAGACGGCCAUCCCGGCCGAGAUGCUGCCCGGCGUCACGCUCGCCUACAGCGACGCCCUGGCCAAGACGUUCCUCGUCAGCGCCGCGCUGGCCGCGUGCACCGUCGUCGGCAGCGCGGCCAUCGAGUGGAAGAGCGUCAAGGGCAAAAAGAUUGAGCCCGGUAUUGCCUAG